AUGACCAGAGUACUCUGUGUGGCGGAGAAGCCUUCUAUUGCAAAAGCUGUAGCAAACCACUUAGCAGGGCAGGCAAGAGCUGAGAAUGUCAACGGUGUUCAAUGGGUCAAAAACUACAAGUUCGAUUUCCGGUUUCAGAAAUGGGGCCAAUGUUCUGUUACGUUCACUUGUGUUGCCGGCCAUAUAGUGGCGCAAGACUUCCACGAGCGUUUCCGAAAAUGGCAUUCUUGCCAGCCGGGUGAUUUGUUCGAAGCACCUAUACAAAGUGCUAUUGCUGAAGAUAAAAAAGCCGUGGCAACCAACAUUCAGUCACAGUCACGUUAUGCAGACAUUCUUUUUAUAUGGACUGACUGCGACCGUGAGGGCGAGCAUAUCGGGACGGAAAUCCGUGACAUUGCACUAAAGUCAAAUCCGAACAUGGAAGUAUGGAGGGCAAGGUUCAGCAAUAUUGAAAGAGCACAUGUCGUCCAAGCUUCACAGAACCCCAUCCGCCUCGAUGAAGCACAAGCCCAGGCCGUCUCAGCCCGUAUUGAACUCGACCUGCGUUUGGGAGCCGCCUUCACCCGCAUGCAAACUCUCGCUCUACAAAACAUGAUCCCUGUGCAGGGUGAACAGCGCUCGAAACUCAUCAGCUAUGGGUCCUGCCAAUUUCCCACUCUAGGUUUUGUCGUUGAUCGAUACCUGCGCGUGCGAAAUUUCGUCCCAGAACCGUUCUGGUACAUCAAGAUCAUGCACAACAAAGAUGAUAUUGAGGUCAAGUUUAACUGGCGCCGGGGUCACCUCUUCGAUCGCAUGGCCGUUAUUCUUAUCUUUGAGCGAUGUCUGAUGGCCAAAACAGCAAAGGUCAUCAAAAUGGCCAAGAAGCCGACUAGGAAGUGGAAGCCCCUCCCACUGACCACUGUUGAAUUACAGAAAAAUGGUAGUAGGUUCCUUCGGAUGACUUCGCAGGAUGUGAUGAAGGCUGCGGAAGACCUGUACACUAAGGGAUGGAUAAGCUAUCCGCGUACCGAAACGGACCAGUUUGACCGUGUUAUGGAUCUCCGCGCGCUUGUGUCGAGACAAACACAAGAUGGUCAUUGGGGAGGGUUUGCACAGAAUUUGAUGAACGGAGGCUUCAGUCAACCUCGCGACGGCCGUAACAACGAUAAAGCGCAUCCGCCUAUUCAUCCAGUAAAUUAUGUCAAGCCCACUUCGCUCAACGACAACGAACGGCGCGUAUACGAGUUUGUGGUUCGCCGCUUCCUGGCAUGCUGUUCUGAGGACGCUGUUGGCGAGGCUACUGACGUUGAAGUUGACUAUGGGGGCGAAGUCUUUCAUGCACAUGGCCUCACAGUCAUCGCGAGAAACUACCUCGAGGUCUACCCAUACGACAAAUGGGAGAGCAGUCAAGCACUCCCCAUGUAUACAGUAGGCGAGAGUUGGGAACCUACGGAAGCAAAUCUACUCGACGGAGAGACAUCAGCACCUAGUUACCUCACAGAGCCUGAACUCAUUGCCCUGAUGGACGUGAACGGGAUUGGCACAGACGCGACUAUGGCCGAACACAUUGCGAAGAUCAAAGAGCGCGAGUAUGUGAUUGCCCGACUCAAAGGAGGCGGCGCUGUGAGUAGCGGCAGUGGCGCAAGUAGAGGCCGAGGAAGAGGAAGAGGGGGUGGUGGGAGAGGUGGUAGAGGAGGCCGAGGUGGAGCUGCUGCUGCCCAAAACGGGGCUGGAGGAGCCACGGGCGGCAUUCAAGAGUUUAUUCCGACCACGCUGGGUGUGGCACUCAUUGAGGGAUAUGACAAUGUGGGCUUCGAGACUAGUCUCAGUAAACCGUUCCUGCGGAAGGAAAUGGAAGUGCAGAUGAAGGCCAUCUGCGAGGGCCGUUCAACACGCAACGACGUGGUGCAGAAGAACCUCGAGCAAUAUCGCGCCGUAUUCAAUCGAACAGUGCAGCAGAUCAACGUGCUCAAAUCGGCCAUCACCAAGUACGUGGUGAACGCGAAUCAAGGCUGA